CACAACACACACACACACGCACGCACAAUUACACGUGAACGAGCGCGCGUUCUCGCCGGGAGCCAGUGGAACCAGUCGUUCAGCUGCUCGGGAACAUUCCCCCCCACACACAGACACCGACAAACACACGGGAGCUAAUUUUUAUCGCGUUUCACCGGCUGUCCGGGGAGCGUCGUCCCUCCCGCCGCUCCUCUGAAACUUUUCCCGGUAAACAAAGCGCGGAGAGGCGGGCAGCACGAGCCGCUGCCCGGGGUCACCGGAGACAUGGCAGACUCUCACUGAACCCGACACGGAAACACCGUCAUGGCUGUGGACGCAGCAUCCAGUUUCAGUUUCUGCAGGCCAGCCGUGGAGUACCGAGCUCUGCCCGAGGACUUCAAGCACCAGCUGAGCCGACGCACAGGCGGGAAUCUAACCUGGCACGACGGCCGCGGGCAGAAGUCAGCAGGAGGCCGGACGGUGAAGCUGCUGAAGCAGCCGGGCACCGAGGCCCUGCAGUACCGCUCCCGUGAUAAUUAUGGGAUAUAUCACACGAGCCCGACGCAGCCCAGCCUGAUCCAGCCCGUGGUCAUGUGGUCUCAGCAGGAUGUGUGUAAAUGGCUGAAGAAGCACUGUCCGCACAACUACCUGACCUACGUGGAGGCGUUCUCGCAGCACGCCAUCACAGGCCGUGCGCUGCUGCGUCUGAACGGGGAGAAGCUGCAGAGGAUGGGUCUGGUGCAGGAGACGCUGCGGCAGGAGCUGCUGCAGCAGGUGUUGCAGCUGCAGGUGCAGGAGGAGGGCCGCAACCUGCAGAUGCUCAGCAGAUCGCAGGGCUCCUUUGGAAGGAUAUCGUAGCCACAUUCCUGGAAAAAUGGGAUUCUGUGGAAUUAUGGGAUAUUUGUUCCGCCCAGAUGAACUCAAAUGUGAAUCAGAUGUGUGUGGAAUAAAUCCGUCCAGCGAGCAGAGACCUGUAGACUGACCAGAGGAAACCUCAGACUGAUCUGUACGGACUGCACUGUGAUGAAAACACCAGACAAUCUGCUUUAUGAAAUAUUCCUCUAAUGUGUGAUUUACUCCCUCUCUCUCUGUGUCUCCCUCUCUCUCUCUGUCUCUCUCUCUCUCUCUCUCUGUGUGUCUCUCUCACACUGUCUCUACCACUCUCUCUCUCUGUGUUUCUCUAAGUGUCUCUAGCUCUCUCUCACUGUCUGAACCUCUCCCUCUCUCUCUCUCUCUCACACUGUCUGUACCUCUCUCUCUCUCUCUCUCUCUCUCUCUCUCACUGUCUGUACCUCUCUCUCUCUCUCUCACUGUCUGUACCUCUCUCUCUGUCUCUCUCACUGUCUCUACCUCUCUCUCUCUCUGUCUCUCUCUCACACUGUCUCUACCUCUCUCUCUCUCUGUCUCUCUCACUGUCUGUACCUCUCUCUCUCUCUCUCACUGUCUGUACCUCUCUCUCUCUCUCUCUCUCUCUCUCACACUGUCUCUACCUCUCUCUCUCUCUGUCUCUCUCGCUGUCUGUACCUCUCUCUCUCUCUCUCUCUCUCUCUCACACUGUCUCUACCUCUCUCUCUCUCUCUCUCACUGUCUGUACCUCUCUCUCUCUCUCUCUCUCUCACACUGUCUCUACCUCUCUCUCUCUCUGUCUCUCUCACUGUCUGUACCUCUCUCUCUCUCACUAUCUGUACCUCUCUCUCUCUCUGUCUCUCUCACUGUCUGUACCUCUCUCUCUCUCAGUGUCUCUCUCUCUCUCUCACACACUGUCUCUCUCUCUCUCUCUCUCUGUCUCUCUCUCUCUGAAACCUUUUUUAAUAAAUAGAAAUAUCAUAA